UGGAGGAGGGAUUGUUUUUUUUUUUCUCAAGGAAAAUCUGGAACCUAUAAACUCCAGACUUGUAACUUCUGUAAAAACUUCAGUCAGGCUCCUGCUGAUUGGCUGAGGCGAGUGCUUCUGCCCCACUUUCCACCAAUCGCCGACCCUCUCCACUUCCUCCUCAGCCAGGUCGGGCCAUGCCCCCACAACACAAGCUCAGCCAAUCGGAGAUGGAGACCGGUUCAGGACUCCCAGAACCCUUCCCACUGGUGUUAUAAGAGUGACUGAAGGGAAGCUUCAGAGACCAGAUGCUGGUGGCGGUAGACCUGCUUUAACAUGGCAGCGUGAAACACACAGACAUGAGAAACACAUGCGUUUUCAUGGAUGGACACUGCAAGCCUUUUUUGGCUUAAUCCACACGUGGAUUUCCAGCUUUAAAUGCCAGGUUUGAGAGCAUACCUCUGCAUGCUCGCGUCGUGUGGCGGGGGGUCAGUCCAGGAGACGCAACGAGAAUCGGAGAGACCGCGCGACGCAGGAGCGAAAUAACAGUGAGAGGAGAGACAGAAACGGAGGGAAAAGCGCUGCGAGGGAGAGAUAGAAACAGAAAGCGUGCGGAAGAGGAGAGAGAGGAGUGCCCAGGAGGGACGUGGUGAUGAGGGAGGAGCUAUCGGGCACAGAGUCCCCUGAGGGGGGUCUGGGGGCCAGCGAGGAGGAGCUGGAGCGCGGGCCGAAGGCGGGCAGCGCUCCUGCGGGCGGCGGCGGGCGCAAGCGGGUGUCAUACCCCAAGAAGGAGGAGGGGGGCGGAGGGGGCAGGGAGAAGGGGGCAGGCAGCCCCCUCAGCACCACGCCCUCGGUCCCCAAGAAGCCCAAGAAGAGCCCGCCGGCAGGGGGGUCGCUGGUUGCCAUGGCGACCGCCCCAGCCUCGAACGCGCCCCUGGAGGACCUGCACACGCAGCGGGUGAUCGCCAACGUGCGGGAGCGCCAGCGCACGCAGUCGCUGAACGACGCCUUCGCCUCGCUGCGCAAGAUCAUCCCCACCCUGCCCUCGGACAAGCUGAGCAAGAUCCAGAUCCUCAAGCUGGCCUCGCGCUACAUCGACUUCCUGUACCAGGUGCUGCAGAGCGACGAGAUGGACAGCAAGCUGGCCAGCUGCAACUACCUGGCGCACGAGAGACUCAGCUACGCCUUCUCAGUCUGGAGGAUGGAGGGGGCCUGGUCAAUGUCUGCUACCCACUGAACCCCAUCCCUUUCCCCUUCCCCCUGCCCCCACCGGCUAAC